AUGUCGCCGUUCUUCGCAUUGGUGUUGUUGGCGUUCGUUCAUAAUGAAGCUGCUUACAUUGAGUACCAGGAUUCAGAGGAUGAUCAAAGUGAUGAUGCUGAUUUCGACGAUCAGUACGAGUCGGAAGUAAUAUUAGUUAUUAGUCACCAAAAGACAUGUCAAAAUGUCAAAGCAGUAAAAUUAAACGAAACAUUGCCGGAACAUCUAGAGUUAGAUGGUCGCAUCCCUGAUUACAGUGGUGCUAUCAAAGAGCUUCUAGCAAACCACCAAUUGAACCUUAUGACAACAUACAACACGGAAACAACCACCGAUUAUGCUUCUCCGAAAUACGAAGUACUUACAAAAGAUUUUACAAUUACUGGGCCUACGACAAAAAUAAGGUUAGAAGACCCUACUAAUUUCUACGAUGACGUAAUAGGAAGAAUAAUGGACCUUGCGAAGAGACAAGGAUUUUUGACGGAAUCAACAACCCAAUUCCAAACUCAAGCUAUGACAGAGGAUGUACAAACUAUGGAAUCAUGCGAUAGCAUAUACAUUUUAUCAAAUCCAAAAAUUGUAGCGAAACCGAAGAGAAUGCCGGACGUUUCAUUUGCGUACAGUAGAACACUAGGCCGUUAUGAAAAAAAUCAAAGUUUAUUGGAAAGAACAAAAAGUUUUCCACAAACAGUUCAACAUAAAAAAAUUGAAGCUAUUUCUCAUAUCAGACGGACGCUUUCUGACGCUACUCAAGAUUUCGACGCAAUGUAUUAUGGAAUACCUGAAAGGAUUCAAAAUAUCCCGCAAUUAACUCAAACUACUACCGGAAGAACUACAGAAAGGUUCAUAACGUUGAAAUCGCUGUUUCCGUUGGAUGAAAAAUGGGGAGUCAAUAAUUUAAUUCCGAAAGUAGACAGGAAAAAGCAUAGAGAAGUUGUGAGUAUUAGAAAGAAGAAUGAUGGUAGAGAAGGUAGCAAAGGCGAAUUUUCGGAAGGUGGUGGCAUAGUUGGAAGAAAGGUUGGCAGACAAGAGGAUGGCAAAGGAGCAGGAGCUAAAGGAGAAAGAAGUAGCAGGAAGUUUAGGCGCAAAGUAAAAGGUGGUGCAGGAGCUAUGGGUAUCGCAGAGAUAGAAACUACUACAGUCACGACUACGACUGUGACUACGACUACGACUACGACCACGACUACUCCUAGCACUACUAAAUUUGUAGAGCCGGUAAAAAUAGAGUCUGGUGGAGGAGAUACUGGUGGAGGAGAUACUGGUGGAGGAGAUACUGGUGGAGGAGAUACAGGUGGAGGAGAUACUGGUGGAGGAGAGAGUGGUGAUGGAGAGGAUAGUAAAGAAGGGAGUGGUGUAGAUAACGGGUCUGGAGAAGAGGACGACGAAGAAGAAAGUUAUGACGAGGAAGUGGUUUUUUCACGAUCUGCUGGAACUACAACUACAACUAUUGCAACUACAACUAAGCAAGUAGCUGUUCCACAUUACUACCCUUACCCUUACUCGGCACAAUUUAUACCGAAUUCAACAACAUCGUAUAUUACUAAAAUAUGGAGAACGAGAAGACGGAGGACAACAACUAAGCCGACGACAACAUCUACUAUGCCACCGUUCAAUAUUCCUGGUUUAGUUGCAAUUAUAUCAGACCUUACCGAUAACUUUGAAACUAACAUUACAGAUAUGUUCAAAAAGACUUUACAGAAAUACAAUAUACCGACUUGCCCUUCUGACGAAACGACAGAGACACCGAUAUUCCACGAUCUCGUCAAUGCCACAGUUGUUUCAAAGUGCUUCGUAUGCGGAAUGACGGAGACCGAAAUUCCACGUGAUUCAUACUGUUCGGAUGCAUUUUCCAUCGAUUUCAUACCACUCGUUCCAAUGGACCCCCAAUCAAGGGGCCGUAUUGUGCGCUUCAGAAAAUACUGUCGUUACUUAGAUGUUGACAAUUUCUAUGAGAACGCGACGGAGCCUCGCUCAGUGUUUGGACGCUUUACCGGUGGUUGCUCAGUGCGUUGGAUCGACAUAAGCAGUGUAUACACACAGCGCGCUUGUCGUAACCGACGUCACGCCACUACCGGCAGACAUUUCGGGAGCAAGCGCAUGGCCAAACUCGAAAUGGCGCUGCAUGUAUAUUCUUCAAAGCCUUUCUUUGGAGCAUGUUCCACGCGUGUUAUAUGGGGUUUAGGUCUGGUGAUUGCGCGGGCCAGUCUAAGGCCGAUACAUCGUGCUCCUGCAGCCAGCUGGCGGCUCUCACAACCAGGAGUUCACCAUACGCGUACUCUUCGCGAAUCAGGAUGGAAACCGAAUCGGGACUCGUCGGUUAGCAGCACUACAGGUCACUGGCUACCUUCCCAGAGCAAAUGUUUACGUCCUCGGCGUAGUAUAGGAACACGAAGCGGUCUGCGAGUCUUCUCCUCACUAUUUGAUCACUCACAAGCAACUAGUGCUCUGACUAGAGCCUUUGAAAAAACUGCAAGGCCGUAA